UAACAACAAAGGGAUACCCUAGAAAAUCCCUGGACAUCGUAAAGUGAUUUUCGAAUGCCACGAAUGAGACGAUGCAAUAAUGUUCCAUUUUUAGCUACUAAAAGUUCACGGUGUAAAAGUAUACUAUAUCGAAAAAACUUUUAAAAGUUUUCAUGGCCUAUCAUUGAACUCUCCAUAGACCCCACCUGGGCAUAGUCAUUUGAAAGGAAGAGCCAAUGGUAUAUUUUCAUUUGAUCAAAUCAGAAGAGAUAAAAAAAGAAGCAAAAGGGACAAUCUCGGCUAAUUCAUAGCACAUGCCUCACGUAGGCCUUAAGGAAAAAAUCAGUCUCAAUCGACCUUUAACACCGACAACAUGAAAGACACAAGACAAAAGUUUAAGAGGAGACAAAGUUAUGUUAGUCCUGAUGGAGGAUAUGGCUGGUUUGUGGUACUUGGAGCCGCAAUUGUAUUCUUCAUCGGAGCCGGUUUUGCGAAAUCUUUUACACUAGUUUAUCAGCAACUUUUAAUUAAGUUUAAAGGAGGAGCAACAACAACAGCAUGGGUUCAAGCUAGUAACGGUCUAGUGAAAAUGAUGAUGGGUUAGUAAACAAGAAAGAAUUUCGCAUUCUAUUCGCAAAUAAAUAAAUAGAAUGCUACUUUUUGAAUCAUUCAAUGAGCCUAAAUAAACUAUUCUUUAAAUUAUUGCCAAACAGCACCAAUUUGUUCGAUGUUCUGUAAUAAAUUUUCCUGUAGAACGUCAGUUUUGGUUGGAACAUUUUUCGUUUCUCUUGGAACUCUCCUAUCAGCUUUUCCUACUAGUUUGGGAUAUUUAUAUUUCUCUUAUGGAGUAGUUGCAGGUUAUAUCAUAAACUAGUCUAAUUUCAUUUACAAAUAAUUAAAUUAAUAAAGCCAUGCGGGCUUUAAAAUGUAUUUAAUUAUUAUUACUUUAAUUCUGUUCCCUUUCUCGUUAGGCUUUGGUGCAGGAUUGGUAUUUACGCCCUGUUUUAUAAUAAUUGGUUUAUACUUUAAUAAAAGGAAAGCUAGGGCAAUGUCACUAGCAACUUUGGGCGGUGGCUUAGGGGGAAUAGCCUUUCCUCCACUUUUAGAAAAUAUGUUUCAUUAUUACUCUUAUUCUGGAACAAUAUUAAUUAUUUCGGGACUUAUGAUGAAUUAUGCAGUUGCAGCUUUGUUGUUUAGACCAAUUGAAAAAAUUCGAAUAACAUCUCUUGCCAAACUUGAACACGAAAAUCAAGAUACGAAACCAAAACCUGUAGAAGAAAAACCAACAUUAAUAGUAGGCUCUGAUCAAGUUUAUGUUGUAAGUGAAGAGGAAGGAGAUAACAAGAAAUCAGAAUCAUUACGAAAGUCAAUUAGGAGAUUAUCAAGAAAAAUAUCCAUAUCUCCGUCGACUUUAUCAUCCAAAGAAAACGAUACUAAAAAGUGUUGCUCAAUUUUUACCGAUUAUUUCGAUUUAAGCCUGAUUAAAGACAUUAAAUUUCUUUCUUUCUCCUUAUUAAUGAUGACAAGCUUCCUUUGUUUUACGGUAACAUCAAUGUUCUUUAGUGAGUUUGGUAAGGAAUGCGGAUUCGAUAGAGUUGAAGUGUCUUUAGCACUUUCGUUAUCGAGUAUUGUAGAUAUUCCUUGUCGUUUGUUAUCUGGUUUUAUUUUCGAUUUGAAAAGAGUACGAGGAAGGAGGAUAUCUGUCUAUGUUUUAAUAGGAGCAUGGACUGGAUUAUCGACAGCCUGUCUACCUAUAUCUAUGAUUGUUUUAAGUACAUUUUAUCGGAAAAUAACCUUCUAUACAUUUUGGAUUAGCUAUACUAUAUCUAGCGGUAUAUAUCAUACACAACAACAUACCGUUUUAACAGAUUUAUGUGGGAGUCAUUCAAAAACUCUUAGUUCAGCUUUAGGUUUAAAUAGAUUAUUUCAAGGUAUAGGAGGUCUAAUUGGUCCAUCAGUUGGUGGAAUAUUAAGAGAUUCGUUAGGCACUUAUACUUUUAGUUACGUUACUGCUGGUUGUAUUCUAACAAUAAUGGCUAUUAUUUUUGCUGUAUUUUAUGAAUUUUACUUAAAAAGAGAAGAAAAACAAGAAGAAGAGAUAACUUACGAUAUUAUUACGAAAGCAUAGAAAAGGAGAGAGAAUAACAUGAUAAAAAAAAGAGUAGCUUCAAAGGAAGACUGGUUUAUAUCUCAUAUAUAUAUAUAUAAA